AUGCUUCGUGUCGUUACAAGCCGAGCAGGUGGCCGCGCGCCCCGGCGACACUUGCGUGCACUGCUGGACGUAUCGCCGUCCGACGGUAGUGUUGUUACAACUGCUUAUCCCACUACCUUCGCUCCCCCACCUGCGCCGUGCGCUGCCGCUCUCGCCUCCGCCAUCGCCCCCAUUCCCGCUACUCUCCCCUCCACCGUCGUCCCCAUUCCCGCUACUCUCGCCUCCGCCAUCGCCCCCAUUCCCGCUGCUCGCGCGGAUCCGUACUGUGGUGCCCCCGCUUGUAGCGCUGGCCCCUCCGCCGCUCCCCCGACCUCCUCCGCGAUCUCGCCAGUUCCCGUUUAUCCCGCUUACCCGGCUUAUCCCGCUCAUUCCUCCCAUCCCUCUCGCUCCGCCUAUCCCUCCCCCCGCGCUCAUGCGAGAUGGUAUGGCGGACAUGCGAGUGGAAAGGAAGGAGUACGUCUGCCCUGCCUGUCCCCCUCAGAGGUUGCACAGCUACUGACCAAGGGGUGUGCGCGGGACAUCCGCUCCGCGUGGUGCACGUGGAGUGACGCUGCCAUUGGGCACAUGCGCUCUGCUGUGCCUCCCUUCAUGCGCUCCCUCUCUCUCUCCUCUCCUGUCCUGCUUCCUCCCCUGUUAUCCUCCCCUUUCUCCUCCCUUCCUCCCUUCCUCCGUCCUUCCUCCUCCCCGCCCCUUCCCCCCACAGCCUUCAGCGCGCCUGCCCUUGUGCUCGCUGCGCUGCCGCUCACUCCACCCCCUCCUCCUGCCAGCGGGCGCAAUGCAGGGCUGGACUAUGAGGUGCGUUUUGAAGCAGCGGUACGUGAGGCAGGGCAUGGCAGCGCGGGCGCCAGAGGUGGAGGGCAAGGAGGCGGAGCACUGGAUGCUGCUGGACUGCGGUCAGUGUGGGAGGGGGAGGUGGGGAAGGGGGGGAAGGGGGGGAAGGGGGGAAAAGGGGGGAAGGGGGGGGAAGGGGGGAAGGUGGGGAAGGUGGGGAAGGUGGGGAAGGGGGGGAAGGGGGGGAAGGGGGGAAGAGGGGCAAGGGGGGGAAGGAGGAGGGGGAGAAGGAGCUGCUUCACCACACUUCCCCUCAGCGCAACUUAUCAUCACCCGACCUCAGUUCUCCAUCCUGUCUCCUCCCUCCCGUCUUCAAACCCUCCCCUUCCACCAUCCCCCGUCCCCUCCUUUCAUCCCACCCUUGACUCACUCCCUUUUGCAUUUCUGCGGUGGAGGACGUUGGUGCAUGUGAAAACGAAGGAACCCUUUUGGGAGAUGCCCUUUAAGAGCUUCCUCCCCCCUCCCCUUCAUGGUCCGUCCAACUUCCUGUUUGCGGCAUGGGAUGGAUACCUGCUCAAUAGGUGCUCUACUGAAAGGGUCCCCGUCUCCGGGUCCCCAUCUCCCUGUCGCCUCCUCUGGCGCACGGUGGUGCAUGUGAUGACGGAGGAGGGCAGGCAGAGGUACAGGGUGGAGGCACUGUGGGAGGGCAAGGGAGAGAGGGGGGAGAGGGGGGAGGGGGGGGAGGAGGAAACUGGUGCUGAUGCUGACGCACGGGCGUUGUGA